CUACCCAUGGUGGAUAGGAUAAAAUAUGUACACCGUUGAAGUCAGCGGUGAAACCUAUAAUUUUUGGCAAUUCAACGUUGAAUUGUCAAAAAUUGUAGGCUCAUAUCGACAGUGGACAAGAUAACUCAUAUUCACUACGGGUAAAGAUCAUUUCUGUUCAAACUACCUUAAGAUCAAUUAUAUUCAUGUGUAUCAGGUGGUCUCAAAUUGCUGCACGUCUUCCAGGGAGAACAGACAACGAAAUUAAGAAUUUUUGGAAUUCUUCCAUAAAGAAGAGGUUGAAAAAUAACAAUAUCACUUCAACAACAACAACAUCCUCUCCAAACAAAUGCAAGACUGUCUCAAUAUGGGAUACUGUCACAGGACGAAUGAUAUUGCCCAUGCACGACUACUCGUACGACGUCGUAAACACAUGCAUGGAUUCAUCUUCCUCUAACAGCCACUUCAACCCUUUUCCACCAGUACUUGACAACAGUUUCGACACAAAUGGUUCGUUAAAUUUUCCGAAAUAUGUGACACAAGUUGGGAGUUCAACAGGAAAUCGAGGGGAAUUAGGGGAUUAUGGAGUGAUGUGUGUACCUGGAUCAGAGGGUUUCGGGGUUGACAACAUGAACAAUAAUGGUGUCAUGAGUAGUGAUUAUGUCUUUGACCAGAAAAAUGUCAUUUAUCAUAAUAAUAAUAAUAAUAACUUGAAUAAUACUGAAAGCAUGAAAUUAGAGGACAUGGUUGGGUUUGGAAAUCAUUGGCAAGGAGAAAACUUCAAAUUUGGAGAAUUAGAUUGGGAGGGUUUGUUGGAUAAUGUCCCCUCUUUACCUUAUCUUGAUUUCCAAGUUCAAUAAUCUCUCUCUCUCUCUCUCUCUCUCUCACUUUCUGAAACAAUCUUGAGAUACUUCUUGGGUUUUUGGUGGAUCAAAUUGUGAAUAUACAGGUGAAGAAGAAAUAAAGGCUAGUUUUUGAGUUGUACCUUGUUUCUUUUUUGUACAGAUGGAAAGCAUUGAGAAGAAGCAGACAAAUGUAAUCGCUACAGACAGAAU